GUGAUGGUCCUUUGGGUGAUGUGCGGCGCUUGGAGGAGGGAAGCAGGGCCGCUCUCGGCCUCCGGAGCCUCCUCACGAACGUCCUUGCUCUUCCCCUUCCGGGUUUCACAGCACCUUCCGGUGUCGGUCUCUUCCUCCGCCUCCUGAGGGCGCCCAAAAACCACGACCUGCAGACGUCACUUCCUGCAGAGGCUGCCGGGAGAAAUAUUCCCGUGGCCAAUCAGGUGCCCCGAACUCGAAGAAGGCGCGCAAUGUAAACCGAGGCGGGUGUUGUUCGUUCGGCCUCCCCUUUUUUCCUUUCCUUUCCCGCGGGCAGUGAGAGGGCCGUGGGGCCCGCCGGGGAUUCCUUCCCGCCGCGUCGGGAAUGGCAAAUAUUCCCCAAAACAACCUUCAGAAGCAGCUUGAACUUUUUUCUGCCAAAGGAAUCCUACAGAGACCAACACUUUCUAAACCCAAAGCUUUAGGCUUCACAUUCCGAAAGAAAACCUCUUCUGGUAUUUGUGCUCCAGGAGCAAAUGAUUUUGCCUUAAAGGAAAAAGAUGCUAACUCUUCUCUGCAGAAAAUAGAUGUGUCUUUACCAAACACGAAAGAUAAGAACACCAAAAUCAGUAGCUUCUUUGAAACAACAUGUAAAGGACAGGUAGAAAAACAAAACCAGCCAACUGAGCCAUGUUUGAAUGUUUUGGAUAGUUUCACAUCUUCUAGCAAAGACAGUGAAUGGAAUGCACUGAAAGCUAGCCAUAACUGUUUGUCCAGCUCGGUUAUUAAUCUCACUGAUGUCUGGGAUGACAUAGAUGACUUUGAAAUAAGAGGGCACCAAAAGACAUGUUCCAAGUUGUCAGUUUCAUUUUCGGGUGUUCUGUCUCGAAAAGGCACUAAGGUUUCAAAAAACCUUAAUCCGUUCACCAAUUCAUUGCCAAAGCCAUCGGCUGCAGGAGGAAGUAAACAGUUGUGCAGUGAUCCCUGUAUUGAUAACAACAACAAAAGACAGAUGCCUGAUGACAAGAAGCAAAAUGCUUCAAGGGAUCAGUCUGUCAUCUGCCUUGACCCAACACCCAGCCAUUGUGAAAUCUUUGGCAAUGAGGAUUUUCAAGAAGAACCUGUAGCAAAUUACUCAGGUGGCAAAAAGGAGGAAUCUUUGGAAGCACCAAAUGACAGUGGCUUUAUGCUAAAUGAAAGGGAAGAACCAGAUGAUGGAUGGAGUAGUCCAGUUGUGUGCAGUGAAUUUGAUGAAGAAGACUACGUAGAUGUCAUACCACCUUCCCCGGAAGAGAUUUCUUCAUCUGCAUGCUCUUUUAAAAGCAUUAGUCAUGUUUUAAAAGAAUCUGUGGCUGAGGAAAUGCCUGAAGUCUUGAAAACCAACCAUACAGAUUCGGGAGGAGUUACCAAUGGAAACAAUGAAGUGCAUGAAGGCCAAUUUUCUCCACUGGGACAGUCCCUCUAUGAUGUGAUGGAGAGCAUUUGUAAACUGGUGGAUUCCAUACCAGAAAGGGAUCUGAAGUCUUUGCCACAUGGGAAGGAACUAAUUCAGAUUAGAAAUUACAGAAGAAAGCUAUUAAAUAAUUACAAAAGCAGAAAAGACACUGGAAUAUCUCUGGAUGUAGUCAACAAGCAUUGUCCUGGGUCUAAGGGAUCUCCAGAUAGUGGUGUCUCUUUUCAACUGGAAGAAAAGAAUGGCAUCAGUACUCGAGAGGAAACUUCUAUUUAUAGACAGCCUUCCCAGAAACCAUCUGCUGUUUUUGAGUACACCCUUCAUUCAACUCCUUUGGUUGAACCAAACACUCAGGACUCAAGUAAUGAUAAUCUAUUACAUUUUUCAGAGAGUUGUGUUCUGCUCAGUGACACUUCCACACCAGAAAAUACAGCACUGUCUUUAUUCAAGAGAGGUGUCAGUGAAAGAACUUUGUCCAAAAACCCAAAGAUAGAAGAGAGACAGAAGGAUGACUUGUGUUCAGAAGUUUAUUUAAGAACUUUAGGAGGACAAAGCAAACUUUCCGUUCUUCAAAGGAAUCUGAGAGAUGAAAGUUCCUUGCCAAAAGAAAAUGUGGACUUUGAUAAUGAUGAUUUUGAUAUUGAUUUCAACGAACUGGACAGUAUGCUAAGUAUUUCGGAAGCUGAAAGGCCUUAUGGCGAUCAUUACCAGCUUAAGGGUGAAGCAGAGUCUGCCAAAUCAUUCCUGGAAAAAAGGUCCUUCACAGCCAAGGGAGAAGAUUUCCUUCCAACUGCAUUUUUGCCAAACAUGAAACAACUUGCAUCUGCCAAGGCUUCUUUGGUCCCACUGGUCAAAAAUCCUACUUCAAAAAAUUCAUCAUUGGAACACUUCAGAGGCUUAACAUUUCCCCAUUCUGGUGAAAUGAUGAAAAUAUUUCACAAGAAGUUUGGACUGCAUCACUUUCGAACGAAUCAACUGGAGGCCAUCAAUGCUUCUCUGCUGGGAGAAGACUGCUUUAUUUUGAUGCCUACAGGAGGUGGGAAGAGCUUAUGCUACCAGUUGCCAGCAUGUGUUUCAAAGGGAGUCACAAUCGUAAUCUCCCCUUUGAGAUCAUUAAUAGUGGAUCAAGUCCAGAAACUAACAUCAAUGGAUAUCCCAGCUACUUAUCUGACUGGUGAUAAGACUGAUGCAGAAGCAUCCAGAAUCUACAUGCAGUUGUCAAAGAAAGAUCCCAUCAUCAAACUUCUCUAUGUUACACCAGAAAAGGUCUGCUCAAGUGGCCGAUUAAUGUCAACUCUGGAGAAUCUGUAUGAGCGACAGAUGUUGGCCCGCUUUGUAAUUGAUGAGGCACACUGUGUCAGUCAGUGGGGCCAUGACUUUCGCCAAGACUAUAAAAGGCUGAAUAUCCUUCGCAAGAAAUUUUCUUCCGUUCCCAUGAUGGCUCUUACAGCCACUGCAAAUCCGAGGGUACAAAAGGACAUCCUGAAUCAACUGCAAAUGCAUAAGCCCCAAGUGUUCAGCAUGAGUUUUAACCGGCACAACUUGAAAUAUGAUGUUUUACCCAAAAAGCCAAAAAGUGUUGCUUUGGACUGCUUGCAGUGGAUCAGAAAAUACCACCCAUGUGACUCAGGAAUAAUCUAUUGCCUCUCACGGUAUGAGUGUGACUCAGUUGCCAACAUUUUGCAGAAGGCUGGCCUUUCUGCACUUGCAUAUCAUGCUGGUCUUCCUGAUAGUAUCAGGGAUACUGUUCAGCAGAAGUGGAUUAAUCAGGAUGGAUGUCAGGUUAUAUGUGCAACAAUUGCUUUUGGAAUGGGCAUUGACAAACCUGAUGUCCGUUUUGUGAUCCAUGCCUCUCUCCCUAAAUCUAUUGAAGGAUAUUACCAAGAGUCAGGCAGAGCAGGGCGUGAUGGGGAAAUGUCUCACUGCCUACUUUUCUACAGCUAUAGUGAUGUUACCAGAUUGAGAAGACUAAUUAUGAUGGAAAAAGAUGGCAACAGUCAUACACGGCAAACUCAUUUUAACAACCUCUAUAGCAUGGUCCAUUACUGUGAGAAUGUUCUAGAGUGCAGGAGGAUACAACUCUUAGCCUAUUUUGGGGAAACUGACUUUAAUCCUAAAUUUUGUAAGGAAUUCCCUGAAGUAAGUUGUGACAACUGCUGCAAACAGCAG